AUGGUUAAACCGGAAAGGUGCCUACGAAUUAACAACACUGCUACUGUUGACUGCUUACCUAAUGUACUUCCCAAAGAUGGUUUUUUAGAUGGAAGUGAAGUUAUAAAUUGUAAUCUUGUUAUCGUUGCACCGGUUGAUUCAGAGAAGUUUGGUGAUCUUACUGAAGACUGUGUCGUUUCAGCAGAUGUUAAGUUUGAUGAACUUGAUGUCACCACUGAAGCUUCGAUGCUUCUCGUCGUUGCCGAAGUAUUUGCUUCUGGUUUUACACUCGUACCGCUUUCAAUUGAUGCUAAUUCAGGACGAUUACAGAAGUCUGUAUUACAGCAACAAAUUCGUGUUUUUUUCACAUUUUUACAUUCACCAGGUUGA